AUGAGACAGAAGGGUGAAGUGGUGAUGUCCUCGUUAGGAAGAAAAUAUGAACAAAAAGAAGAAAAGGUUGUAAAGAAUUAUCAAAGCUUACCAAAGAUGAAUGUACUGCUGCACAUUUCACACAAUCGAUUUCCAUCAGCUGAUCAGCAUCGUAAGCGAACUGUACAUGAGCAUGAUGUAUUCGAUCGACAUAAUCCAAUCGAUCAAAUCUACCCCUUCGAAAAUCGCGAGCCGUUUCCGAAUGAAUGA